AUGCUAUCCCUUCAUCUUCUCACCGCUUGUCUUUUCUUUGUUGUGGCGCAGGUCGCCGGCAACAAUGAACGUCAUCUGAUUACUUUCAACAAGAUCGACCUCGGUAAUCUGGCUGCGCUGGAAAUUUUGAUGCAUAGGGGCGGCUACACUCAUGUUCACAUCAUUUUGAGCGGUAUUUACCACGUUGAUGCUGCCGUCGGGCAUUUCCAUCACUGGAAUCAAGCCGUUGGCAAGCAAAGGUCGCCUAAGACCGAACCAGCGGUCAUCACGUACGGUGGCCGCCCUCUUGAUCCGGGUGACCUGGGCGAAUGGUACGAAAACUCCUUCCUCGGAAUAGCCCAACGGCCAAACAAGGCCAGCCUCAAUGAGAUGAAGUUCGUCGCAGGUGCUACCUACGACAUUCACCAGGUGGUGCCCACAAGCCUGAAAGACCACCAAUGGUUGAAUGAUCAAAUCCUUGAACUUGAUGGCAUUAUCAAUCGCGUCUUCAUACAGCAUGGCCGCGACACGGAGAUUUUCGGCAAUGUUGGGCUCCCGCUUCACAAUGAACUCGAAAAAAUUUACAAGCACGCCAGGAACAUCGUUGUCAUUGGCACGAAGUCGCUCUCGCCAGCCGAAACUUCCGUCGCGCUGGACAAGCUCGACUUUAGGCUGCCUAAUCAGCACCUCGACAGGGCGUCAAAGGAUGCGUCAAAGGAUCCUUUCGUGGCCAACACAUUGCUUCGUGUCAGCAAGCUGCUCCAUGGCAUAUACGCAGAAUUAAUGUUUCUGCCCAAAGAUUUGCAGGAAAAUUUACGUAAAUUCGAGCCAAACGAGAACGUGCGCCUUGUCGAUCUGGUCCGCGACAUUGUCCGUGAAGGUCUGAAUGGUCACAAUAAGAAGGUGAAAGAGAAGCUCGAAGAAUGGGUCCCGGGAGCAAAAGACAUGCUUAAAAAAAAACUAAACAUCUCACUGGAGGUGCACCAGCGCAAGUAUUUAAAAAUGCUCUCGAAUCGUUUGGAUGGAAUUGCGCUCAAGCUCGGGCACAAGAAACCAAAGGAAGACGAGGUUGAAUUUGCCGAACCCAUGUUCGCUGCUGCUCUCUUCUCGGAAAAGUACGAACCGCAGCCUUUUGUGCCCGAAGAAGAGAGCGAAGCUUCAGCCUCUUCCUCUAGCGGUGGCCACGGAAGUAGAGCCGAUCACGGAGAACCCAGGCAAGAAAUUGCCGUCCCAAUCAAGGCCGUGGUCUAUGAAGAUCUCCCCAGGAAAGAGCUGCUCAAGGAGGCUCUAACCUACUUUACUCAAGAGAAAUACUUCGGAUCCUAUAAGACGCUUCGUCUUGAGGAGGCCCAAAGUGCCCCGAAACCCGUUGGUUCAAUCGAGCAACGUCGUCAUAAACAUUCAUCUUCAGCUUCGGGUGUCUCUUUCUAUCGCUAG